AUGAAUCUCACCUUAUAUUCCAAUACAACACUUCUGGAACCACCGAGAACUUUGAAAGAACGUUUUUUUCUUUUAAUUUUCGUCAUGUUCUCAACUUUUCAAUUUUUGGGCAGGCUUUGUGACAAGCGGAAACUUAUCUGGAAAACGUUUCCUCAUUUCUGUCUUCUUAUGACUUUUAUCCCUAUCACUCAUAUGGCAUUCUUGAUUGUCAAUACUUUUCGAAAUCUUCUUUUUACUAGUAAACUGGGUGUAGACGAAAUUCUAUGGAGGCUUUUACCAGUUAUUAUAACCUGUUAUCCGAUUUUAUUUUUUCCACCCGUCCCAUUUUGCAUAACAAUGGUUUAUUCCAUUUUUCUGAAUAUUAAGAUGGCGCCAGGAAAACAUUUAUUUGGGCAAAGAGCCACAAAAGGCGAACGGUGCCUCGUAAUUUCUAUCAAUUUCGAUGACCACCCUUCCUUGCAACUAGACAUGCUAAAAUACCUACCGGUUCUCAUAACAACUUUGUAUUAUUCGAGGCGCUUAUACUUUUUCAAAUCCGCCAAACGGCCCAUCAAAGUUUAUACCACGGAAUACAUCAGAAUGAUUUAUAUUGCAUUGUUUCUUUUGGUUUUUUAUGUUUUAACACUUCCACAAAUCCUUAUAUCUUUUCUCACUCACCAUACAAAUUUUUAUUCAUAUCCAACUCGUUUGUUGGGAUUCCAAGAAUCGUGA